CUCACAUACUGUACAAGGAAACCACUACUUCCGCAGCAUGAGAAAACAAGAAUGCCAGUCUUUUAUUUUUUCUUAAAUAAUGCUGAUCCUUUUUGGAAAUUCCCGUUACAAACAAGGUCCCAACGGGAAGAAUCGAGAUAGGAGAAAACUUCACCCCUCCCUCCCUCGCUCCGUGUCAAUGUAGUAAUAGUGGUAUUUCAUUGCGCUUCGAUCGUUACGCUGUUCAAACCAAUUCGAGCCUGUUUCCCGGGUUGCUCAGCACGGACUGGCUGCUGCUACGCGGGGAGAAUGCAGGAACAGCUUCAGGAUGGCAGUGCGUGCGAGCAAGAGGCACUGUCCUACCAGAAAAAGAUGUGGAAGAGUUUUCAAGAGAAAACCAAACCUUUUCUCAGCUCCAAAUUCGGAUCUGACCGCCGCAGUGCAGAAGAGAAAAAAGAGCCCGGCAGUAAAUGGAUCUUCAAGAAAAAGAGUCACGUGCUGGACCGCGUACUUUCCUCUUCUCAGCCGAAUCUCUGCUGUUCUGCCCCGCAGCCUCUUGACUGCGAGAGGUCUGUCUGCAACCAAGGCGACCCUGAUAAUAAAGAACAGCUGGAGAAGCAGGUAGGAGUCGCACCAGCAAACGCUGAAACGAACUGCACUGCGAAACAGCAGCAGGGGAGCCCCGAGCCCGCAGUGUCUCACCUCAUCCUGUCCCAUCAGAAGAGCUCCUCCUUGGGGUCUGCCUGCUUGGAGAGGCUGCUGGACCCAGCAGAGAGCGAGGCAGAGGACUGCCUCACGCAGAAUGCGAGCGAGACUGGUAUAAAUACAGUCAGGCCAAGUAAUGCAGAUCCUUCAACAGCAAAUCCAGGAAUGUUCCAGCUGGACAUUGUAUUGAAGAAGGGGCAUAAUCUAGCCAUACGGGAUCGAGGAGGCACAAGUGAUCCAUAUGUCAAGUUUAAAAUUUCCGGGAAAGAAGUUUUUAGGAGCAGGACGAUACACAAGAACCUCAACCCAGUGUGGGAUGAAAAAGCCAGCCUUCUCAUUGAAAACCUCAGGGAGCCCGUGUAUGUAAAGGUGUUUGAUUAUGACUUCGGACUGCAAGAUGACUUCAUGGGAUCAGCCUACCUGUACCUCAACACCUUGGGGCAGAAAAGGACAACCGAGGUGACAUUAAAAUUGAAGGACCCACAUCACCCUGAUCUCAACCUGGGCACGCUGCUACUAUCAGUCACCCUGUCCCCUAAAGAAGGGGACAUAAGAGAAGCUACCAUGCUUUUGAGAAGGAGUUGGAAAAGAUCAAGUAAGCAGCAAAGCCAGAGCCUGCGACUUGUGGACCUGCACAGAAAAGCUCAGCUGUGGAGAGGCAUCGUCAGCCUCAGUCUGAUCGAGGGCCGGGAUCUCAAGCCCAUGGACAACAACGGGCUGAGCGAUCCUUACGUCAAGUUCAGACUGGGACACCAGAAAUACAAGAGCAAGGUGAUGUCUAAAACGCUGAGCCCACAAUGGAGGGAGCAGUUUGAUUUCCAUCUCUAUGAAGAGCGAGGGGGUGUGAUCGAUAUCACCGUGUGGGACAAGGACGCUGCCAAAAGAGACGACUUCAUGGGAAGGUGCCAGAUCGACCUGUCGGCCCUGAGUAAAGAGCACACACACAAACUGGAGCUGCACUUGGAGGAAGGGGAGGGGCUCUUGGUACUGCUGGUCACUCUGACAGCCUCGGCCACUAUCGGCAUCUCUGACCUGUCCGUCAACAUCCUUGAAGACUCCAGGGAGCGGCAGGAGAUCGUCAGCAGAUACGGGUUUCUGAGAUCCUUUCACAACAUGAAGGACGUGGGCAUAGUCCAGGUGAAGGUGAUCAGGGCAGAAGGGUUAAUGGCAGCUGAUGUCACAGGCAAAAGUGACCCAUUCUGUGUGGUGGAGUUAGGCAAUGACAGGCUUCAGACGCACACUGUCUAUAAGAAUCUUAACCCUGAGUGGAACAAGGUGUUCACUUUCACCAUCAAAGACAUCCACGCUGUCCUUGAAGUGACAGUUUAUGAUGAAGACAGAGAUCGCAGUGCUGACUUCCUGGGCAAGGUUGCCAUCCCGUUGUUGUUUAUUCAAAAUGGUGAACAGAGAGCCUACGUCUUGAAAAACAAGCAGCUGACAGGGCCAACAAAGGGGGUCAUCUAUCUUGAAAUAGAUGUGAUUUUUAAUGCUGUGAAAGCUGGCAUAAGGACGUUAACACCUGUAGAGCAGAAGUAUAUUGAGGAGGAACCAAGGGUGUCCAAACAGCUGCUGCUGAGGAACUUUAAUCGUGUAAAGCGCUGUAUCGUGAUACUUAUAAAUGCCGGCCUCUACAUUAACAGCUGUCUGGAGUGGGACUCUCCACAGAGGAGCCUUGCUGCCUUUCUGCUCUUCCUCCUGGUGGUUUGGAAUUUUGAGAUGUACAUGAUUCCCCUGAUGCUACUACUACCCCUGGCAUGGAACUACUUUCUCAUAAUAUCUGGGAAGGAUACCAGGCAAGGUGAUAUGCAGCAGACAGUGGAGGACAUGCUAGAGGACGAGGAUGAGGAAUAUGACAAAGAUGACAAGGACUCUGAAAGAAAAGGAUUCAUGAACAAACUGUACGCCAUACAGGAUGUUUGCAUCAGCGUGCAGAAUGCUCUGGAUGAGGUGGCCUCAUACGCUGAACGUAUAAAGAAUACAUUCAACUGGACCGUGCCUUUUCUCAGCUGGUUGGCCAUUGUGGCUCUCGUUGUCGCCACCAUUAUCGUCUACUUCAUUCCCUUGAGAUACAUUGUGCUGGCCUGGGGCGUUAAUAAAUUCACAAAGAAACUUCGCGACCCGUAUACAAUUGACAACAACGAGCUGCUUGACUUCCUCUCCAGAGUUCCUUCAGAUGUACAAGUGGUGCAGUACCGAGAGCUGAAACCAGAUCCUGGUCACAGCCCGGGUAAACGGAAGAAAAACAACCCCGGGUAGCCAGCUUCCUCCUCCAAGGAGCCUCGCCUCGCAGCUUUGAGAAGAUGAAAGGACCGUCCUUGACCAACAAGGAAUUCUGCUCCUCCUUGUUAUCCGUCUUAUUUAUUUUCUUUGUAAAUAAUGUACAGACUCAGAAAAGUAUAAUUACCAUUAUACAGAGCACUUUAAUGUAUUUAUUUAUUUGGGGUGUAUGUGGGGUAUGGGGGGGGGGUUUGCAGGGUUUGCCUGUUUCAUGUGCGAUUUAAAAUCGCCAGUCCUUCUUAAAUGGCAUUCCUGUGAUAGUUAAACCUGUAAACCUUUCAAUCAUAACCAACAGAUACCACUUUUUAGAUUGCUAAUACUCAAGUGCCAAUAUAACCAUGUUAUAACACAUGUAAUCACUUUAUUUACUACACGAUCAACUUAAACAUGCCUGAUUACAACAUGAAAGUAUUUAGUUGCACUUUAAUUACAUGUGUACUUAACUGAGUGCAAUUGCAGUAUAACUAAUGGCAAGUAAAGUGUUGCAUUUUAAAGCUAGGUUUGAAUUGAGUUAAACUCAAUGUCAACCGCUGCAAGUUUUCAUUCGCAAUGUUUUCUAAAGCAGGUGAUUUUAAAUCCUGCAUUAAGAACAUAUUCAAGUACGACAGGAAGAGACUGUGGUUACCGCCAGGGUAUCUCCAUCUUAAAACUGCCGCACUCUUGUUGCUGUUAAAAAGAUAGGUAAACUAGAGUCCUUCAGUUAAACUGAUCUUUGAUACUUUUUAAGAUGGCAGUUCUGUUUGUGAAGAAUGUAUCGCAACUAAGUAUGCACUUUUGCUCAUGUACUGUUCAAAAAUCUUACUAUUGGGUUCCAUUUGUUUUUUUCCAUGCCUAUAUAAUUUAUUUAUGUAGAAUUCAUUUCUUUGUGCUCUAAUCCCAAUCAAGGUCACCUGUAUAAAAUGCUGUACAGACUGUACUUUUUUCUUUUUUUCUGGUAGAAAUUGCUAGUUAGUUUUGGAAGGCAUGCCAUCUGGUCAGUCAUUGCUGCAGAAAUCCCAGUAUAGUCUGUGACACUGCCGUCCGUACUUUGCUUGCUGUUGCGCUGUUUUACAUGAAAAACACACACCUAUUGUAUGUUAAUUUUGAAAAUAUUAAAUAUUUUUAUUUUAA